GGCAGCACCUGUAAAGUCCUGAAAGCCGCAGCUGGCUGCUUGUUGUUGUUGUUGGAGGAAGCAGCGGUCCGUUAUCAGCAGGGUGUGUUGCUGACAGAGUCGGAGGAGCCUGGUCGUGUUUCUACAGACUGCUGAGAGAUGUACUACUAUCGCUAUGACAACGCUGAGGUCAGCUGCUGCUACAAAUACCUGAUGUUCAGUUACAACAUCAUCUUCUGGCUGGCUGGAGCUGCCUUCAUUUCAGCUGGUUUCUGGGCGUGGAGUGAAAAGGGAGUCCUGUUGGAUCUGACCCAGGUGACUCGGCUGCAUGGUUUCGACCCAGUCUGGUUGGUCCUGGUGGUGGGCGGAGUCACCUUCAUCCUGGGCUUCGCCGGCUGUGUGGGGGCUCUGAGGGAAAACAUCUGUCUGCUGAAGUUUUUUUCCGGCGUGAUCGGCUUCAUCUUUAUCCUGGAACUGACGGCGGCGGUGCUGGCGGUGGUUUUUCAGAGCCAGGUCCGAGAGUGGAUUAACGGCUUCUUCCUGGCAAACAUCAAAGCGUACAGAGACGACAUUGACCUGCAGAACCUCAUCGACUCUCUGCACAGGAUGAACCACUGCUGUGGAGCUCAGGAACCUUUAGUUAAACCUGUAGGAACAUGUUCCUGUUGAGUAAAGUAUCUUGUUCUUUUAACAGAACCACUGCUGUGGAGCUCAGGAACCUUUAGUUAAACCUGUAGGAACAUGGUCCUGUUGAGUAAAGUAUCUUGUUCUUUUAACAGAACCACUGCUGUGGAGCUCAGGAACCUUUAGUUAAACCUGUAGGAACAUGGUCCUGUUGAGUAAAGUAUCUUGUUCUUUUA